AUGGCCGAGAUAGUGGUCCGGUCCCUGUCAUAUGCCGAUUAUAGGCCAGGAUCCUGCUGCCGAUUUUGUGUUCCUGAUAACAUGGAAUCUUGUAAACGAUACCAUUUCGAGCCACGGAGCAUCGCCAACGAAAUGGUCCGAAGCCAGAAACCCUGCAUAAAAUGGGUUUGCACUCUUCGGGUCGAACCGCCUUGGUGGUAUUACCAUGUCAGCCUGAACUCGAUACUCCACACUCAGGACAAGCAAGAGGUCAUCUCCACACGUGGAUGUGUUCCGGGGAUAUUGGGACAGCCCAUUUCAGAAGUGCGGGGUGAAAGUGUAACGAGUUGGCCGACGGAUUAG